AGCGUAGCAGGGCAGCAGUAAAGCAAUGAAAAAACUAAAUGAGGAGGAAAAACCGUGAAGCGAGCACCGUACAAUUCCAAUCCGCCAUUGUCGACCUGUCCAGGAUUAGCCCUUCGAGCGUAGAGUCCAAGUGAAGAGAUUCCGAUUCCGAGCGAUUCUAGCGAGCGAGGAGCAACCCAAAUGCCCAAAUCACAACGAUGGCACCAGCGCUCACAGCCGAGCCACUAAGUCCCAAGGAGAAGCUCAUCAGCACCGCCUCGCCCUCGGCCUCCAUCCGCAGCUCCUCCUCCUCUGGCGGAGACAGCAGCGGCGGCGGCGGCGGAGGAGGCAUCGGCAGUGCUACGGGCCUGGCCAAGAAGCCAUCGACGCCCAUACCGGCCACGGCCACGAUCACGACGCGGAUCACCCGUUCGGCGUCAGCUGCCCAGCAGCGAUCACCGCUUGUGAUCAACAACAACAACAACAACAAACGAAAAUCAACUAGCAUCAAGUCGACUAACGACACAAUGGGCCUGAGUACGGCCCCCAAUCCGCACAGCAGUAGCACCACAGUGGCUGCUGCUGCUGCUGCAGAGCCCGUGGUGGCCUCCACCAGCGACAGCAUCAACAGCGCUGCCAAUUCCACCAGCACCAGCCCGCUGAAGGACAACUCGACGGCGCAGCUUCUGGCGGAUCUGACGAUCAACUUCGAGGAGACCCUGUCCGCGGAGAUCUGUCUGAGGAAGACCUUGCCCGAGGUCAGUUUGGGCAAGGAGCCGGCGACGUCGACCGCUGUCACGAGUGCCAGUUCGGAGGAGUCCGGAGGAGGAGUGGCAGUGGCUGGCCAGUUACUGAUCCCUGCCGUGGAGGAGCUGCCAAAGAUAGAAACCGAUAACUUGGAGGAACGCCUUAGUCAGUUGGAUGGCAACGCCAGUGGGAUUCCCGUGGAGCAGCUGGCUGCCCAGCUGCCUCCGCCCCCGCCGAUCGUACAGGAGCCGGCCGCGCCGAGCACGCCCAGCCGGCCCCAGCAGCAAAUGCAGCAACAGUUGGAAUCGCCGCAGCAGCAGCGCCACCAACAGUUGACGCCCCAGAGUACCGCCAGCUCGAUUAACUUCCUCAAGGACGGAGCUGCUGGCGAGGUAUUAGAGGACCAGGACAUCGAGGAGGUUCUGAAGGCCUUGAAGACCUUUGACGGCGGUCACGUUAAUCCGGAUGCCAUCUGCGAGUUUUUUAGUGAUGUGUGGGAGGAGGCGGCGCCAGCCGCGCCGUUAGCGUCAACGGCACCGGCCAACCUUCCGGAGGAACUGGCCGUGGACCCCAAACCCAGCAUUUCCAGUGUGAUCGAGGUCGAGGCGCCGGCAAAGCCCGGCCGGCCCUGGCAGGAGAGCCACGCCGAGCUGGAGCAACAGCAGCAUGUCAUUUCCCGGCGCAUCGACUUCCUGCUGCGACGCAUGCGGAAGUACCAGGCGCGCCAGAUGUGCCGACACACCAGCGAAGAGGUAGCCGGCAUAUUCGAAUGGUCCGCUCGAUCCUCUCACAAGACUCCCAACCCGGUGCGGAGUUCCACGCUGUCGGAGCAGGAGGCGACGGUUCAAUCCAUUGUAUCCGGCCGACCAGGCGUCUCCUUCUGGGACGAGCAGAAGAAGCAUCCGUUGCCGGCCAGCCAGAUGGGAAGCUUGAUUCGCCAUAUUGCGACAGCCGCCAAGCACCAGCAGAUUUGCAACUCGACCAGUGGCAGUUCGGCAACGCUGGCGCCCUCGUCCAGUUGGUACAACAGCUCCAAUAGCUCCACGGUUCCGGGCAAGCGCCCUCGAAAGAAUCAGCUGGAUGUGACAGCAACCGGACCGGCUGGAACGAUAGGAAACACGACGACGACGGCAGCAUCCAGUUCCGUUGUGGAACAGCAUGUGCCGCGGGCGGACGAUAUAGUGCCCAACUAUGACACUUAUGUGACCAGCGAACUUACCCAUGUGGCCGGGCUGUUGCACACGGAGCUGCGCGAGGUCCAGAACGCCAUUGACUCGGACGCCACGGAGUCGAGUUCAGGUGGCGAGUCCGCCGAUGAAAUGGUCACCUACAACAACACCCAUCAGCGUUCCCUUUCCAUCUCCCGACGUGCCGUUUGGAGGUACUCGAGGGAUCGGGCCGCCAUCGCCCUGCGCUGGUCGUGGCUGUGCGCCCAGCUGACCGACUUGGAGAUGAAAAUCCGACAGCACGGCGACCUCUACCAGGAGCUAACUCAGUCCAAGGGUCAGGUGCAGCUGGUGCCGACGGACAAGUCCGAAGUCGAGCCUGAACCACCUGCAAAUCAUCAAGAAGAGGCCACAUCGUCCGACUGGCUAUGCAGUCGAGCGCGACCAUUGGUGCUGAGCGAGUUCCGGAAGCGCAAGCUCUUCCAGACCACCAACAUGCACGCCUUUUCGAAGAAGGCCGCCCGACCCAGCAACAUCAAGUGCGGCUGCCAGUGGCCCCAUGUCCCCUGCGCCCUGUGCACCGGGCGAGCGGAUCCCACGGCACCGCGCGAGCUGGUCGAGACGAUGAUGCCCGCCAACAGGGUGGCGCUGCUAGAUCCUGGCUACCAUCCAGUGCUCAGUUUCGCCAGCGAUGUCAGCCAGAGCGUGCACUUGGAGGCCAUUGCCCGCCAGCCGGACUGGCAGUACCGGGUGAUGCGCAGCCAGGCCAAGGCCAUUGCGAAGAGCGUGUGGAAGGCGGAGCGCGAGGCGGUGGCAUCUGGCGGCGGUGCUGGCGGACAUGCCGGUAGCCGAAGAUCGGGCGAUGGAGUCAAGCGACGAUAUAUUCGACGCAAGGAGCGCAACAAUAACUCAAAUAAGGAUGCGGGCAGUGGAUCUGCAGCAGCAGCCGGAGGAGCAGCAGCAGCCGGAGGAGCAGCAGCAACAGGAGGAGGCGUUGGCGUCGGGGGAGGGGAUAGCGGAAAUGGUACUGGUACUGCUACUACUUCUUCUUCUUCUACUACGCCUACUACAACGCCACUUGUGGCCAACACGGGCACGGGCAAAAGGCAACAACAAUCACAAAACCCAACUGGAACGAACAGUUCCAGCUCGCCGUGGACAGACUCUCGCCAACGCCAACGACAACGCCACCACAGUCCCUCCUCAACCUCGAUCUCGGCCACGACUAGCGGCGCUAAGAAAUCCCGCAAAUCCACCAACAGCACCACCACCACAUCCAGCAAUUCCAACCAGCACAACAACUAUCAUCUAAAUGGCUACGGGGAUCGGUAUGGAGAUCAGCACACCAGCAGCAGCAGUAGGAGUCGUCGCAACUCUUCGCCAUCCCACAGCCAUCGCAACGAAAGAUCUUCGGAGCGACGCAUUCGUCCUGUUUACGACAUCGACAACAUCGUUAUUCCUUAUAGCAUGGCAGCCCAGACCAGAGUGGAGAUCCUGCCCUACAAAGAGAUACCUACACCCAAGUGGCGCAUUGUUGACAGUGAUAGUGAUAAGGCCAAGCAGUCGGCACAGACGGAUGAGUCAUCAGCCGAGAGCAAGCUCAGCAAUGGCCAGACAGAGGCCGAGCAGCCACAAGUACCCGAGGUGGAGCAGCAGCCGGCGGCCGAGCAGCCUCCGAAGGUCAAUGGGUUGCGACAGAAGCAGAAGCAGGAGGCGGCAGUCAAGCACAAUAAUAACAACAACACAAACGUAAACAACAACAGGAAUGGCCUGGUGAAUGGAAAUGCUGGCAAAGAAGAGACCAAGUUGGAGGAGAAGACGAUACCCGAGAAGAAGGACGACGAGGUAAUUCCAAAGGAGGAGCCCGCAAAGAAGCCAAAGCUGAAUGGAAAAAUCACAAAGACUCCGAGUGCUGAGGCCGAGGAGGAGCCACCACUGCCCAAACGGCCCAAGCUGGAGAAGGCAAAUGGCCAGAUUUUGGAGACGUUGGACAGUAAGCCGGAGGACCCGAAGCCACAAGAGAACGAGGAAGACGUUGAGAUGGAGGACCUUUCCGAUGAGGCGUUCAUUGCGCGACACCAUCUGGCUAUGCUCGAGGAGCGUCAACGCUACGAAACCUUUCUGAAGUUUCCCUGGACUCCACGGCCGCGUGCGAAUCGGCGGAUUGAUAGUCGCGCCGAGUCGAGUGGUGCCAACACACCGGAUCCCGCUUCUCCGGCACCGGCUGGCGCUGGGAACCUGGAUAACGAGAGCAUCCCCUCGCCACUGGCCCAUCCGCUAGAGGGCUUCAACGAGAGCGGCGAGCUGAUAAGCGAUAAGUCGCGUCCCAAUCGCCGCCGAACCACCUCCAGCAAGCUGAAGGAUCAGGCGGAGCGGCGCAGCACCACGCCCGACUUGAGGGAGGCUUAUGCGAUGAUGCUACCAUCACCCUUCGAGCCCCUGCAGUUUCCGCUGUCGGAGGAGGUGUACCAGCGGAUGCUGGAGGAAACCUAUGCCACACCCAGGUACUUGACUGCUUCGAAGCGAGCCAAAAGCAAGUCAGUAUCCUCGAACUGCGACGGAAGCAGCUCCCAAGGAGCUGGAAGCAAGGGGGGGAGCCGGCGUAGCAGCAAGACGAAGACAAAGCUGAACGGGCAGAUCAAUGGACACCCAGCGGCUGCAAAGAGCAAUGGUGUUGGCAAGGAUGGUGAAGUGUCCGAGCCAGAGGAGGAGGAUUUGCUGCUGGAGGAGGAGGACGAUGACUAUCCCAAGCAUCAUUUGGUGCCGCUGGACGAUGAGCAGCAAUCGGCACCCGAUGGGGAGCAGGAUGUGUACGAUGAGGCGAUCAAGGCCUAUCUGGGGGAUCAGGAGGGACUCGAUGAGGAUCUGGGCAACGAUCCGUUUGAGGACGACGACCCCAAUGAUCCGGAAUGGAGGAACCGGACCGACGGCGUUCGCAACCGGCGUGUCUAGAUGGAGAACCCAGAACCCAAAGCAACUAACUAUCGAUUUCGUUAUUUCAUAUUUUCGUUAAUUUUUUUAAAAAAACAUUCAACACCAGAGAACCAC